UGUAUGCAUCACUGGCACUGUGCACGCUGCUGCUGUUCACUUCAAAAUCAAGGGAGGUGAAAAAUUGGCUGUGAAACUGUUUUGGUGUCCGCGAGUGCAGAUGUUGUUGCAGUAAAUUGCUGAGGCAGACGACGAAGUCAUGCCGUCGGCCACGCAAAACCUGUCUCCGCAGGAGGAGCAGGAAAAGCUGUUGGAAGAAGCACUGCAGAUUGUGAAAGCGCAGUCGUUUCAGAUGAAAAGAUGUUUAGACAAGGCAAAACUGAUGGACGCCCUGAAGAACGCUUCAACAAUGCUUGGAGAGCUUCGAACGUCUAUGUUGUCCCCUAAAACUUAUUACGAGCUCUAUAUGAGUGUAUGCGAUGAACUUCGGCAUUUAGAACUCUUCCUAGUCGAGGAAUUCAACAAGGGCCGCAGAAUAUCUGAUCUCUAUGAGCUUGUGCAGUAUGCUGGUAACAUUGUGCCAAGAUUGUACCUGCUGAUCACUGUUGGUGCGGUGUAUAUUCGGGCAAAUGAGGCUCCUCGCAAAGACAUCUUGAAGGACUUGGUGGAGAUGUGCCGUGGCGUACAGCAUCCACAGCGCGGCCUGUUCUUGCGCAGCUAUCUCCUGCAGUGCACCAGGAACAUGCUGCCUGACAUUGCUGUCAGCGCUGGGCAGAGGCCAGAGGACGGUGACGUACGAGAUUCACUAGAUUUCAUCCUGCUUAACUUCAGCGAGAUGAACAAACUGUGGGUGCGUAUGCAGCACCAGGGCCACUCACGGGAGCGCGACAAGAGAGAACGUGAGAGACAGGAGCUGCGUAUUCUUGUUGGUACCAAUCUUGUCCGCCUCAGCCAGCUGGACAGCAUCGAUGUCAACCUAUACUCCAAGGUUGUGCUGAAGAGUAUCCUGGAGCAGGUUGUGAGCUGCCGUGAUGCUAUUGCCCAGGAGUAUCUGAUGGAAUGCGUCAUUCAGGUCUUUCCGGAUGAGUUUCACUUGGCCACACUGAGCACUUUCUUGAAGACAGUUGGUGACCUGCAUAAGAGUGUCAAUGUCAAGAACAUUAUCAUUGCACUCAUCGAUCGAUUGGCAUCGUUUGCAAACCGAGACGAGACUAGCGGCAUUCCGGAUGACGUGCCACUGUUCGAUAUCUUCUCUGAUCAGGUUGCGUCCAUUAUCCAGGUUCGUGAUGAUCUGGCAUCUGAGGAUGUUAUUGCACUACAAGUAUCACUCAUCAACUUGGCACUGAAGUGCUAUCGUGAGAGAAUCGACUAUGUUGACAAGGUUUUGAAGUCAACAAUUGGCAUCUUCUCAUCUCGCCUCAAGCAAGAAAAGGUUGACGGUGCAGUGUCUCGUGAACUAUUGCGCUUGCUGAAGAUUCCAGUUGAUAACUACAAGGAUGUCAUCACCGUUCUCAAGCUGCAGCACUUUGCACCACUCUUUGAGUACUUUGCAUACGAUGCACGGAAGGACAUCUCCGUGUAUGUCAUCAAUAGUCUGAUCGACCAUGCAACGCAGCUGAAGACGCAGACGCAAGUUGACUGCCUGCUGCAGAUGGUUGCACCACUAGUUGUGGACCAGGCUGAUCAGCCUGAAGAGCCAGAUGAUCCAGAAGAUUUUGUUGAGGAACAAGGCUUGAUGGGUCGUAUUGUGAAUCUUUUCCAAGCUGAUGGGGCUGACGAUCAGUACCUGAUCCUGACAACGGCAAGGAAACAUUUUGGUAAUGGUGGUGAGAAUCGCAUCCGCUUCACUCUACCUGCCCUCGUCUUUGCUGCCUAUCGUCUAUCUCUCUGCUACUACAAGAUCCGCGAAGAGGAUGAGAAAUGGAGUAAGAAGUGUGGAAAGAUCUUCCAGUUUGCGCAUCAAACGAUUACAGCACUGGCCAAGGCAGAUAUGUCCGAGCUGGCCCUUCGCCUCUUUAUCCAGGGUUCACUGACGGCGAAUCAGAUCAACUUUGAUCAGAGCGAGACGGUUGCAUACGAGUUCUUCAGUCAGGCCUUCUCACUGUAUGAAGAUGAGAUCAGUGAGUCUAGAGCGCAGUUGUCCGCUAUCACCCUGCUUGUUGGCACGUUUGAACGCAUGCGCUGCUUUAGUGAUGAGAACCAUGAUACACUGCGCACACAGCUUGUUCUGGCCAGUAGCAAGCUGAUGAAGAAGCCUGACCAGUGUCGUGCUGUGUCCGUCUCUUCACAUCUCUUCUGGUCAAGUCGUACACGAGAGGCAGAGGAAGAGUGUCAUGAUGGUAAGCGUGUAAUGGAGUGCCUCAAGAAGUCAUUGCGUAUUGCUGGACAGUGCAUGGACGUAUCUGCCGAGGUGCAGCUCUACGUAGAAGUGCUCAACCGCUAUCUCUUUUACUACGAGAAGGGUGCCGAUGAGGCAACAACCACUAUUCUUAAGCAGGUCAUUGAGAGGAUCAAGGAGAAGUUGCCAUCACUGGAAGGUGGUGAGGUGGCUGACCAAAUCAACAAGCAUUUCCAGAACACCCUGGUACAUAUCCGACACCAGCAAGAGGCAGAGGCUGAACACAACUAUGCUGGCUUGGUGUUCUAGGAAAGAACAUGGACAUGCUGAACACGUCCUCUUUCAAGCGCUAGCAUCCUUUCUGGCAAUACGUACUGGCUUCUGGCGGCCUCGCAAACAUCUUGUUCAAAUUCUCGCAUGCUCUACACAUCUAAAUUCUCAUAUUCUUCAUGAAAUGUCAUGAAAAAUCGUUGUUUUCAUUUUUUUGGCUGCUCGCUUCUGAUUGCAAGUAGGUGUUACAAGCGUCUAGUUCGUUGUUACUAUCGGCACUCUGGAAACCUGCGUUUGUGCCACAAUCAUCUUCUUUGGUCAGGAAAUUUCCAUAUUCAUUUUUACCUCUACUUUCCCCCCUCUGGGUAACAGAAUAAAUUGGAAAUGUGUACAUUAUAGCCUGGCUGGUCUGCGUGUAACAUUGCAUCUGUGCGUGUGUGUUUAGUUUACUGUUACCAUUUACAUUUGUAAACAUUCGUUUUUGCAACAAUUAUCUUGUCUGGUCAGCAAAUUUCCAUAUUCGUUUUUACCUUUACUUCUUUCCCUCUGGGUAACAGAAUAGAUUGGAAAUAUGUACAUUAUAAUUAUACCCUGGCA